CUUGCAGAAGAAGCUCAUGGUCCACUAUCUGCUGCUCCAGAGUCAAGGCCAGGUCCCGCACCAUGUCACCACGGAGCACAUGAGCGACUGGCUGGUGUCUCAGGGCAAAAAAUCCCUUAGGGAGAGGGUGUGGAAGGAAACCCUGGAGGAGGGGAAUGACCUCGCUCGGCUGACCUGGGAAGUCAACACUUGCCUAAAAAUGAUAGACAUAGAGCACGAGGCUGUCUGCAAGCUCCGCCGCUCCUUGCACCCCACCUCGCCAGCUGACAUCGACCCUAAGGUCCACAGCAUCGUGGAAAGAGCUGUAAGGAGCAUUAUGGGCGAGCUGUCCAAUGAGCCCCGUAGCAACCUGCUCAGCCCAUCCCAGGUGGUUGUGGAGGUGGUGCCCAGGCUCCUCCUGGCCCUGUGGCUUCAGCCAGAGGAAGGCCAUUCAGGACACCCAAUCCUAGUAAGCGGGAUGGCCGUGGGCAUGGUGGCGGCCGUAGUGGAGAAGCUCUCCAGCAUAAUCAGUCAGUCCUUCUCCACGGAUGACCUCCAGAGCCCAUUUUAUGUGAGAUCUGUCUGUGCCUUUGUGGCUGACGAGGUACAGAGCUGCUUCCAGCCCCCUGCAGCCACUUUACCAGUCCUCCCUGUCGUCGCCGCGGCCAUCUCCACUGCACCUCCAGACAUCCGAGCAGAGGCAGACCAGGCGUCUUCCCACCUGGAGGUUGUGGACAUCACCGCUAACAUAGAGGCAGACCAGGCGUCUUCCCACCUGGAGGUUGUGGACAUCACCGCUAACAUAGAGGCAGACCAGGCGUCUUCCCACCUGGAGGUUGUGGACAUCACCGCUAACAUAGAGGCAGACCAGGCGUCUUCCCACCUGGAGGUUGUGGACAUCGGCCCUAAAACAGAGGCAGACAGAGCUUGUUCCCACUUGGAGGUUGUGGAAAUAACCCCUAAGACAGAGGCAGACCCGGCUAAUUCACACCUGGAGGUUCAGGACAUCACCCCUAAGACACAGCAAGAUCCAGCUUCUUCCCACCUUGAGGUUGCGAACAUCAUCCAAAGGACUCUCAAGAUGGCCGUCUUCACCACUCUGCCAACUGACAUCCAAGCAGAGGAUGUUGCUGUGGUCAUCCCAGAUGUCACCCCACACGUCACCAAGGAUGUGACACUGGAUGUUCCAUGCAGAGCAGCAUGCAAAGGGAAAGUCCGGCAAUUUCUUUUCAGGCUUUGGAGGGCAGUGUGCUGCUGCGCCUGCCACAAGGAAGAGGAGGAACAAUAUUAG